AUGGAGUCUGAUGCAUGCCAGUCUGAAGCAACACACGGCAGCAAGCAGGCGACAAGAAACAGAAACCAGGCACGCCGAAGGAGGAGUACGUGCUACUGUGGGGAACGGCCUGUGCUCGCCACCUCAUCGACGGUCGAAAAUCUCGGGCGGAGGUUCUGGGGUUGCGUUAACUUUGGGAUUGGAGAAGAAUGCGGCUAUUUUGUAUGGGCAGAACCAGAGGAAGAGCUCUCACAAGUUUCAAGGCUAAGGAUGAAGGUCAGAAAUUUGAAGAGCAAAAUUGAGAAGGUUGAGUUCAGGUUCAUGGUUGCAGUGGGAGUUGCUUUAGUUGGAUGGACAGUUGCCCUAAUAUUGCUGAAAUACAGUGUUACAUUUUGCAUUCUGCUUAAAUGA